ACUAAAAACUCAAUAAAAUAGAUUUUUAAAAUGAUAUCUGUAUUAUCCCGAAGAAAACUGAUUUACAAGAGUUCAUUACUAUUACAAUAAUGCAAAUGAAUGGUAUAUCUAGAACUACAUUUAAAUAGACAGAGGUCUAUAAUCACACUAAAAUCGUACUUUUGGAGUUUAUGUGAGAAGUUAGCUUUUAUUCAAUAAUCUUAUUUUCAAUUGAACAAGAGUUCUUCUUCACUGUUUGAUUUUUAGAUCGGUACUUUGUAACACUUUGUUACUUUUUUGUAGAAUAGAUUUAGACGUCUUGAUAGACUACAAAGAUAGUCCAUUCAGACUAUUUUAGAAUAAUCUAGAUCUAAAUUACAUCUAUAGCUAGACUAGAUUGUAUAGAGUCUAGAUCUAGAUAUAUAAUUUAUAUUUGAAUAGGCCUAUAUAUAUAGAUCUAAAUCUAGAUCUAUUCUAAUUUAAUUAAUCUUUCUCUGACUCUGAGAAGUCAGUCUGCAAGUCUGCUGAGUGAGAUCAGAGAUGCCUGAUCAUGCCUGAAGAUUGCUGAUGAUGGAUGACGAUUUCUACAGAACAUUACAAAAUUUAUUAAGUCAUAUGGAGAGUUCGCAAACAACAGAGGAUGACUACCAUCACAAAACUGAUGCUGAUGUCCAGCUUCAUCAGUUGUCAAUCAGCGAUCUCAGUGCCCAAAUUCUUGAUGUUUCACGCAGUUCCAACAUGCAGUGGUUAGAAGUACAUCCAGACACUUUGGAACUAAUCAAGAAAACUCUGGAGCCCAAACUCAGCAGUAAAUUCAGUCCCAGCAAGUUGGUUUCUGGUGAACUGGCCUACCCAAUUCAAACACAAAAACCAAGAUAUCUGAAGGAUUUUGACAAAAUUAACAUAUUUCUGCACAAAGAAUUUCAAGUCAAAAUACCUUCUCACAGAUAUCUGAAACUGCAGGAAGAAAGACAGAAACUCCCAACAUGGGAAAUGAGAGACCAAAUUAUUUCUACUCUCAAUAAUCACAAUGUUGUCAUUAUCUGUGGAAUGACAGGAUGUGGCAAAACUACACAAGUCCCACAGUUUAUUCUGGAUGAUGCCUUGAAAAGUGAAACUUUUAAUGCCAAUAUAGUUUGCACUCAGCCUCGCAGAAUCUCAGCCAUGUCAAUAGCAGAAAGAGUUGCUCAGGAAAGAGAUGAGCGUGUUGGCAGAGUGGUGGGCUACCAGAUCAGACUGGAUGCAGAAUUGUCACUUUUUACAAGACUACUCUUCUGUACUACUGGCAUUGUAUUACGCCGACUUGAAGAUGAUCCACUCUUAGAGGGAGUCAGUCAUAUGAUUGUAGAUGAAGUACAUGAACGUUCUGAGCAAAGUGAUUUUCUUCUUCUGGUUUUGAAGAAACUGUUGCGUCGUCAUUCACAUUUAAAGGUGAUUUUGAUGAGUGCUACAAUAGAUGCAAGACUUUUCUCAGAUUAUUUCAACAAAUGUCCUGUGAUAGAAAUACCCGGUAAGACAUAUUCAGUGAAGCAGUUUUUCCUAGAGGAUAUAAUAGAAAAAACUAAUUAUCGCUUAGACUAUGGCUCAGACUAUGCUAAGAGGGACUCACUGCCAUUUGAUUAUCAUUUGAUGUAUCAGAAAAGAGAACUGCCUUUAGAAUUAAGACCUGAUGCUUAUUUAAAUGAAGAUGAGUUGCAGUCAAGAUACGAAAAACACAGAAGACAAACAGUCAGCACAUUGGCCAGGAUGGACUUGGACUGCAUAAAUUAUGAAUUAAUUAUUCAUUUGCUGGAGUGGAUUGUCAAUGGAGAGCAUAAAGAUCUUCUGGAAGAUGGAGCUAUCUUGGUGUUUCUUCCUGGGAUUCAAGAGAUACAGAAUACAUUUGAGAUGCUUCAGGCAUCAAGGGAGUUCUCUAAAGAAAACUAUGCUAUCAUUCCACUACAUUCAUCGUACUCAUCAGAGGAGCAAAAAAUGGUAUUUAGACCUACUGCUCGAGGAAUGAGAAAGAUUGUUCUGGCCACCAAUAUUGCAGAGACAUCAGUUACUAUCAAUGAUGUUGUGUUUGUGGUGGACACAGGAGUGAUGAAAGAAAAAAGGUAUGACCCAGAAAAAGGUAUGCUGUCCUUGGACUUGAUCAGAGUGUCCAAGACCAAUGCCAUCCAGAGAAUGGGUCGGGCAGGUAGAGUUCAGGCAGGUGUCUGUUUCCACAUGUUCACAUCACACAUGUAUCAGCAUGAGUUGAGAGAUCAUCCAAAACCAGAAAUCCAAAGAAACAGUUUAGAACAAGUUGUCAUAAGAACCAAAAUUUUGCCAAUAUUUAGGAAAUACAAUGCACAGAAAGUUUUAAGGUCACUGAUCAAUCCCCCUGCACCAGAAAGUGUAGAACAGGCAGUUGAUUUUUUGAAACAUCUUGGUGCCCUAGAUUCUGCUUCGGAACUCACUGCCCUGGGCUAUCACUUGGGAUCUCUCCCUGUAGAUGUCAGAAUCGGCAAGCUGAUGUUAUAUGGAACCAUCUUCCGUUGUCUUGAUGCCACCCUCACCAUUGCAGCCACUAUAAGCUUUAAAUCACCAUUUAUCAUUCCAUUUAAAAAGAAGGAAGAAGCUGCAGAAAAGAAGAAAGAAUUUGAAACAAACAAUUCUGAUAUAUUGACAAUGCUUCAAGCCUACAAGACCUGGUGGCUGUCUAGGGCAGCAAGAGAUUAUCACUUUUGUAAAAAAAAUUAUCUGUCCUAUAAAGCAUUAGAGAUGAUCAAGACACUGAAACAACAGUAUGUGGAAAACCUCUCUGAUAUUGGCUUCAUAAGGAAAGGCAUUAAAACUAGAGAUGUUCAGAGCCAAUCCUCAUAUAUUUCUGAUGGUGUUUGGGAGAUCACAGGACCUGAGGUUAAUGUCAACAAUGAAAACAUGGAGCUGCUCUCUGCUUUGUUGGUGGCUGCUCUCUACCCAAAUAUUAUUGAAAUAGUUCCUCAAGCCACAAAUUUGUCUGGAAGUGGUGAGAGAGUCUCAAGAACCAAAUUUAAAACUGAGAAAGGAGAGUAUGUUGAUAUUCACCCUAGCUCUGUGAACUUUCAACACUAUUUCAAAAUUGGCUCAUUUUUGGUUUACCAUGAAAAAGUCAAGACCAAAAAGGUCUACAUCAGAGACUGUUCAUUAGUCUCCAAAUUUUCACUGCUUAUGUUUGCUGGUGGGAAAAUUACCAUUACUGGAAGCUCAGAAAAUAUUAUUGUAAAAAUUGAUGAUAUGAUCAUGUUCAAAGUGAGAACAAUAGAGACUGCAGCUUUGUUAAAAUCUCUGAGAUCAAAACUGGAUCAGCUGUUAUCUGAUAAAAUCUCUCAGCCAGAUAUGGACCUCAUCAGAUGCUCCGACAGUGAAAGUAUUAUCAAUUGCAUUGUACAAAUCAUAUCGGAUCCAAGAAUGUCUGCUAAAGAUUAUGUUGAAGAAGUUGAGGACUUCUGUUAGUCGUUGUUCUGAUUACUGCCUGGCUUUCUGUGCAGGCCUACUGUUGAACUCAUUAGCGAAGCUAUUAAUAAUUAAACAAUCAAAAAUUGUUUUUCCCUAAAAUUUACGGAACAUUUUUCAACAAUGUUAUUAAUUCCUCAGCGUUUUCAGGUUAAGUCAUAUAUUUGUCUUAAUUAGACAUUCUCAUUGUGCCAUGUCAUUGGGGUUUGCCCCCCCCCCCCCCCAAAAGUAGGACAAUAUAGGUUAGAGGCUUUUUUUCUAUUCUCUGUUAUUCUCUCUGUCUUUAACAUGGAUAAGUGUCAAACAAUUUUUGUAGCACUCUUUUUUUUUUUUUAGAAAAUUGUAUUAGAAAAUAUAGCUCCUUUAUUUUCCAAUUUAAAUAUUGUUUAGACAUUUUGAAAAGGACUUCAUAUCCAGACCUGAUAUUAAAAUCAAUCUAUUUGUAUUAAUGCAUAUCUGCCUCCUGCAAAUUUCCUAAGUCUUUAGCUCUUCGUUCCCCAAAUUUAUUACGGUAUUUAAAAAAAGAAAAUAUGUUGUAUGUAAGUUUGUAACAAUAGGGAAAGUAACUCUGGCUUUAUGCCACAUCUUCAUAACUGUUUCUGUCCCUUCACACUCCUGGUGUGUUAUUCCCUUGCUGUCUAGUUCAGGGCUGGGUAAAAGUUUGCUUUGCUAAUGAAUGUGGGUUAAACUAUAUUUUAGGGGAAAUUACUGGUCAGUGUUCAUACAUUAUUAUUUUUUCGUCAUAUUUGGGUGAAAUGCAAUCAAAAGCUUUAGGGGUUAAAGUCUGUUUUAUUACUUGGGAGUGCAUCACAUGGUUUAGUUAUUACUUCAUUGGUCUUAAAGGUUCAAACUGGGUAAGAUCUGAAGUGUAUUAAUUUUAUCUGUUCAAAGCCUCAUUUUUUCUUAGUUCUAUAAGUUAAAGAUUUUAUCUUAUCCUAUAACUUACAGACUUCUCUUGACUUAUGAGUUUGUAACAUAGAGAAUAUGUACCCUAAUAUUAGAUAAGUAAAAGAUAACAUGAAUCAAGUCCUGCACACAAUAAAUUUUAUUCAUUUAAGAAAAAAAAGAAUAAUAUAUCAAAUGAUAUGAACUUUACAUGCAGAAAUAAUAUCAAAUUUCACAUCUUACUUAGAUAUAAACAUAUACACUUAAUUAAUGCUAUGCAUCCAUAUUCAAAAAGUCAAGUUUUUCCUCUAAUCCCAUAAUUCCUUAUUAUCCUUUGCUAAUUGUCCAUGUUUUGCUAAAUGUAUGCCCCCACAUUCAAUAUAUUACUUAGCAUAAUGGUUGUUCAAUGGCAGAUCAUUUUAAUUUGAAUGAUAUCUCUUUGGUACGUGAAUGAGGUUUGGUUCUACAAGCAUGACCAAAUAUUAAGGCAGAUAGUCUCUAAUAAUUACAACAUUUCAGACAUACCUUCAAAAGCAAGAUAAUAUAAGUCUUUUAUAAUAUUUUGUUUCCCUUAAUGCAAAGCUACAAGGACAAUGUUAAUUCUAAGACAUCACAAAAAAAUAUGUAGAUUUAAUGUACACUACUAUACUCUGAACUCUCCAAAACCAGUUUGAAAAACUGUACAUUCAGUUUAUGAAAUCCCUUUUGUCAACUCAAAGCUUAUUGUUUUCCUUCCCUCUUCCAAAUUCUGUUUGUACAUCACCAUAUUGAAACAAAAUAUAUAUAUAUAUACUUUAGGAAAUAGUUCUUUAGAACUGGCUGUAUUGCACAGGUUUCUGUGUAUGAAAAUAGAUUUGCCUUUUUCUAAAAUGGGAUAUAAUUUAACAUGCAAUAAAUUUGCAAUCCAUUAAUGUAAGUCAAUAUGAUGCCAAGUAAAGAGGUUUUGUGUGUGUGUAGGAAACAGGUAAAUUUGUUUUUUAAAGAUUUGUUGCAUAAUUGGACCACUGGGUAGUUAGCAAAGCCACUUAUUGAGACCAAAGUACAGAAACAACUCCAAGUAAAAAACCAGUUAAUCUGGUUAACCGGCUAUACGAACAUAAACUAUAUGUGGUUCAUUUAACUGUAUUUGACUGUAUUUAGAAAUACAUAUCAUAUAUAUAUAUAUAUGUAUUUAUUAGGUAGAAAGUUGUUUUUUUUUUUAAAUGUUGGCCUCUAAAGGUAUGAGAAUUAACCAUGCAACAUGCCUUGAUUGAAAAGUUGAUUUUAUAUGAUUGUUUGUGACAUUAAAACACUUUAUUUUUUAA